ACGUUUGGUGUCAUCUGUAACAUUAUGUCUGAUGAGCAGUUGUCAGCGCGUCUGGCAGAUGGGACAUCAGAGGCAGGGCGUUUGGAAAUACUUUUCGACGGAGAAUGGGGCACAGUGUGUGGCUCAGAUUUUGAAAAAAGAGAAGCUGAAGUGGCAUGUAGAAUGUUGGGAUUUAACAGCACUGGAGCUGCAGCCAUCAGUUCAGUCAAAUACGGUCCAGGUGCAGGUCCCAUUCUCUUCGAAGAUGUGAAAUGUCAGGGAACAGAAUCCAGUCUGGCGCAGUGCCAGAUCAAAUUUUUUUAUUCCCGUAGCUGUGACCAUCAAAAGGGCGUUGGUAUCAUCUGUAAUAUCAGACACCCAAUGACAGCUCGUUUAUAUGGCGGGACUCCAGAAGCAGGGCUUCUUCAAAUAUCAGUAAAUGGAGAAUGGACUACCGUGUGUCCGCCAAGAUUUGAGCAGAGCGAAGUAGAGGUGGCCUGCAGGAUGCUGGGAUUCAACAGCACUGGACAAACAGCUGUUAAGUCUCUCAGAUUUGGAGCGGGUUCAGAAUUUCGAUUUGCGUAUAUAAAUUGUAAAGGAAUGGAAACCAAUCUUGAACAAUGCGAGUUUGGACAACUUCACAAUAUCAACUGCUUUGAUGUCGGUAUCCUCUGUGACAUCAAAACCUUUAGUCUGCGACUGACAGGACCUCGCCGUACAAACAGUAACAUGGGGCGUGUAGAAGUGGAAAUUGGAAGUAAACAAUUUAGCACAGUGUGUGUAAACAACGAGAAAACCGCCGCAGUCAUCUGCAGACAACUCAAUUUAACUUCAAAUGGUGCAGCACUGGUAGACGGUUGGGUGUUUGGAGCAAAGAAAAGCCCUUUACUUGAAGCUGGGUUUUUUUGUAAUGGUAAUGAGAACAGUCUUUUUGAGUGUGGCCGGAAUAAAAGUACGGAGGACUGUUAUGCCGAUGACGUUGGCGUGGUCUGCAGCAAAAAUUACAGACUUUAUAUAGUUUCGGAGGCCGAAAAAUACCCUUUUAUGGAAGGAACAAAGGGAGUACUAAUGUGUGUAAAACCACGAAAGUACAUUCGGGUACUUGAAUACAUAUGGUCAGGCAAAGGUGAUGGUCCUUCUCAAGGAAAUCGUCUGUUCUACAAUAAUCUGACGAGAGAGUACAAUGGGCGUCAAGUAUUUUGUCAAGCCUUUGGUCCUGACGGUGCCUCUGAUCUUAGUGAACAUCUACAGAGUGGACUUUUUGUGUUAAACGUUUACUAUAAGCCGUUGAUUACAAUAACAUGGACUAACAACACCGGGGAACAACAGCCCUUGUCAAGUCUUUCUGAGUUAAACCCUGGACACAACGUAACCCUGUGGUGUAAAGCUGACAGGAACCCUCGCCCCGCGUCCAUCACGUGGUCAGGAAGAGUGAACAGCACGACUGGGGAGUUACGGAUCCUAGCGGCAGACCACGUGACACACAGCGGUGUAUACACCUGUACCGUCGUCACUGAAACCGUUGAUGAUGACGACAGACUUCCGCUGACCUCAUCUUACCACCUCACCCUCGGUGUUCAAGCCACACCUAUGACAGCCCGGUUAUACGGCGGCACGUCUACGGCAGGACGUCUAGAAAUAUCGGUCAACGGAGAAUGGACUACAGUGUGUGAGAGUGGAUUUGAACAGAGCGAAUUAAAAGUCGGUUUAAGGAUGCUGGGACUCAACAGCAUUAGACAAGCAGCUGUGACGUAUCUUCUUUUUAACGACGGCUCACGAUUUCAAUUUGUGUAUAUAAAUUGUCAAGGAAUGGAAACAAAUCUUCAGCAAUGCGAUAUAGGACAACUUAACAAAAGCAGCUGCCUGGAUGUCGGUAUCAUUUAUGACUUCAAAAGCUUUAGUCUACGACUGACAGGACCUCGCCGUACAGACAGUAACAUGGGGCGUGUAGAAGUGGAGCUUGGAAAUAAUCAAUUUAGUACAGUGUGUAUAAACAACGAGAAAACUGCCACAGUCAUCUGCAGACAACUCAAUUUAACCUCAAAUGGUGCAGCACUGGUAGACGGCUGGGUGUUUGGAGUAAACAAAAGCCCUUUACUUGAAGCUGGGUUUUUUUGUGAUGGUAACGAAAACAGUCUGUUUGAGUGUGGCUGGAAUAAAAGUAUGGAUUGUUAUUCUGAUGACGUUGGCGUGGUUUGCAGCAAAGAUUACACACUUUAUAUAGUUUCGGAGACCGAAAAGUACCCUUUUAUGGAGGGAACACAUGGAGUUCUAGUGUGUGUAAAACCACGAAAGUACAUUGGGGUACUUGAUUACACAUGGACAGGCAAACGUGAUGGUCCUUCUCGAGGAAAUCGUCUGUUCUACGAAAAUGUGACAAGAGAGUACAAUGGGCGUCAAGUAUUUUGUGAAGCCUCUAAUCCUGACGGUGCCUCUGGUCCUGCUGAACGCCUACGGAGUGGACUUUUUGUGUUAAACGUUUACUAUAAGCCGAUCAUUACAAUAACAUGGACUAACAACACCGGGGAACAACAGCCCUUGUCAAGUCUUUCUGAGUUAAACCCUGGACACAACGUGACCCUGUGGUGUGAGGCUGACAGCAACCCUCCCCCCGCGUCCAUCACGUGGUCAGGAAGAGUGAACAGCACGACUGGGGAGUUACGGAUCCUAGCGGCAGACCACGUGACACACAGCGGUGUGUACACCUGUACCGUCGUCACUCGCACCGUUGAUGAUGACGACAGACUUCCGCUGACCUCAUCUUACCACAUCACUCUCGGUGUUCAAGGUUGAUAUUUACCCUCAUUGUCCAGAAGCUAGUGCAAAAAUAUUUUCAAAUGAGUUGAGUAAUAGCAUUACAAACACGUUUUCCUCUGUCUACACAAAUAAGUAAGUGUGUAACACUUUGACCAUGACACAUGUACACAACAGUUGCCAAAUGCUUUGCGUUUUGCUGCCGUCAGCAGUGCGACUUUCCGUUUUUCAUUAUUUCUCUAUUGAUGUGACCAACGCCAUUUUACCAUCCGCCAGAAGAAAGACCAGUAACAGGUAAGUGUUUAAAAUUACACCUUCAAAGAGACUUUUAAACUGACAUAUUUAAGGUUUUUAAAUCUUUCUUGAUCCUUAUACAGUCUCUUAUACUCCUUUUUACAUGACAUUUUAACUUGUUUGCAGAUAUGAAUGUGAAUGGCAGUAUCUAAUAAAUGUAAAUUUAUCUGACACACAUUUAAUGCACAUUACCUGCAUUGUUAGGCAAAGUUCUGUCGUGCUAGAGAAAAAUUUGUCCAAAUAGGUUAGAACAUGUGUCUUUAUGACUCUGUGUGUGUUUGUUUCUUAGUAAAAAGAUUUGUAAUUAGUAUUUUGUAGGUGUUUCAAAGUAGAUUUUCGUACAGGAAUAGAAAUGGGAAAUAUUAUGUAAAAUUGAUAACAGUAUCCUGUUUCAGCACACCAUCUCUUCUAAAUAUCUCACCGACAAGCAGAAAAGCCGAUGGCGUUCAAGUGUGAGCAACAUAAUGUUAGUCUGGUAUGCCAGAGGUUACAGCCAUGACAUUUGGCAUCCCACUAUAUGUCCAGUGCAUGCAGGUGGUCAUCCUGAUGGAAAUCUCCCGAAGUUUGACAAUCUGAUCAGACUACACAAAAUUGAAAAAAUUGGCUUUGUAUUGCCAGCAGAAAUUACAUAUUAACAGAUAGCCAGUUACUGAAUGUUCUAUUUCCUACAUUCCGAAAUAAAUUUAAUAAACUAGUCCCUAAGGACAUCUGUUGCAAAGUAUUCCUAUUUACCAAUUUAUUCAGAAAACGAAUAGCAAAUUUUUCUCUUUAAAUAAAAGACCUAGAAUAUUGCUAGCAGCUCCACAAUCCAUUUCAGGUUUUUACAGAAACUCGUCAAAGACUGGUAUUCAUGCAUGACGGUCUGAAAAGAUCAUCUCAUUUUUAUUUCUCGUAUUAAGAUUCUUUAACCACAAUCUGGACAAGCUCAAAGGCCCAAAACAAUGUCUCUCGUUUUGUUUUCUGAAAACAAAGGCAGAUCAUGGUACACUCUUCUUAUAGACACUAGUUCGCGGGGUAGGACGGUCUGCCAUCUCAAGCUCGCAUUAAUUACACGAUCCUCACAAUGUGCUAUUAUUGUCUUCAGAAUGUUCCUGACAUACCUGUCCAAGUCACUGACGCCUUCCACCCGAGUCUUGUUGAUCAGCAUCAGAGGUUCGGCAGAAGCUCCUAUGCUUAUCAGGACAGUGUUUGGAAUUCAUCGUCUAGUCGACGGACUCGGGCAUGGUGAUAACAUCUGUAAAGGUCUCUCCUACGGGUGAUUGUCUCCCCUGCACUAAUACCUCGAAAUGUUGAAGUUAAUCAUAUAAAGGUGCAAUAAAAUUUUGGCAAACGUUGGCGCUCUUCCACUCUAAAUUUUCUUGAGUUAUUCGAUACCAACUUUUAAGAUUUGCAUAAGAGCAAUACAGUCCAAGGAAAUAAACAACGCGAAUUACACGUGCGACCUUAGCGUAACGAUUC